CGUGGCCGGUGUGUAUCGCGCGCGAGAGAGCGGCGGCGGCAGCUUCCACACCGCGAUCGAUCCAAGGAGGGCGACCAUCCACAAUCCUGGUGCACCACCCUCGCCGGCUAGCUGCCGGGCUCAAUGGCCCGGCUGAAUCCAACAGGGCCGAUUGGUAUGAAGGGUUGUCCCGCCCACACCGGAGGGAUGCGCCAAACCCUGUGCGUCAGACCUGUGCCCCUUGCGCGUGUAUAAAAAGGUGGCUUUGGACAGUGCGAGCUGGCAGAAAGAAAAAGCAGUCGGCGCAACCCCAGAAGACGAGAGUCGGGCCCCGAAAAGAAGAAAAUUCGCGCAAAUUUCAAGAAAAUCAUUUAUCAUUUCUCGCGCCCACGCGCCUCUAUAGACUAUUUUAUUAGUGAUAGUGCGGAAAUGAGCCCGGCUGCUAUUAUUUUCUCCGCCGUGACGUUUCUUGCUGUCUUCGGCACGGCAUUAGGCGAAGCGAACGGUGAUUAUCUAACGCCAGACAAAAGGAGCAAUGAAAGGCCGAAAACGCUCUCCAUGUUUCCGAGGAUCGGACGCACCAAGGAGGAGGAAAUGCAGAAAAACUGGCGCGGAAUGAUGAAACUUUUUCCUCGAGUGGGACGAUCCGGAGGAGGCGCCGACGAAUACGAUGAGCAUCCUCUCUGCCCAGACUGUUAUUCACCUGAUUACAUGAACUUUGAUGGACUGCCCGGGAAAAGGCCCAACAUGGCUGCAUUUCCACGCAUUGGUCGAAGGCAGCUGGCCGCUUUUCCUCGAAUUGGCAAACGACAGCAGCAGCGACUUUUGGCCACUUUUCCUAGGAUCGGCCGCAGUGGAAACAGAAUAAUUUUACCAUUAAAAGGGCAAAGUGAAAUGUACGGAGAUUACGCAAACAAUAAGGGAGGCUGGGAAGGAUUUCCAAGCUUGAUUGAGAACGAAGCAAUGGAAAUGAAAAACGUGGCCGGCUCUGAAGAGGUCUGAGUUUCACCCACAAAGUAGCAUCUAGUACCAAGACAACAAUUAUUACAACAAUAUAUGAUUAUUUCAAUUUGCGAUUCAUUUUGAGGCUGGAAUUUCUAUGGUAUAAGCUUAUUUUUUUUAGAGACUGCGCGCUUGUGUGAUGUUUUGUUGGAUUCACUAUUGUUGAAACGAAUGCUAAAAGAAAAUCACAAUAAAUGCUGUGAACUGUUUGCAAA